AUGCGUUUCUCGGUCAUGCUUCCUUAUUUCGUGGCUCUCGCCGCUGCCGCUCCGGCUCCUGUGACCCCUUUUAAAUCCAACCUUGUGGCUCGUGACUGCAGUAUGGACGCCUGCAUUGCUGGUCUGACAGGAACUGGCUUGGAUUGCGGUACAAUUAUCGCCGAGUUUCUUAUGACGGCCGGGACCGAUGGGUUAACUCUCCCCUUCCUAAUUUCGCAACUUCCCGAGCUCUCUCCUGGGUGUAUUGUCUCCGCCAUCGGUGGCGCGGGCGCAUGUGGAGAUUGCAUUGGCCUGUGGUAG